AUGCCUUUCCCUUGCAGGCUUCUCACCUGCACACCAAGCCCCUUCCCCUCCGAGCAGCAGCGGCAUCCUCGCAUCAGCGCUAGCCAUCCAGAGAGCCCUGCCACCCCCGAGGUGACCCGGGCAGGUGGACAGGGCUGCGAGGUCCCGCUGGAUCCUAUUUUGAGGAACAUAGAGGAGUACAGCCUUGUCAUCCCCACCAGCACCGAUUCAGAGGGCAGGUUCCUAUCCCACUUGGUGUCUGGACCGCCAAAAGCACGCUUCAGAAGAGCUGCAGAGGGCUUGCAACACGAAGCGGCGAAUGAGCAAAUAUUUUACAAUGUCACUGUUUUUGGAAGAGAGUUUCACUUCAGGUUGCGGCCAAACUCCAGGCUCGUCGCCCCUGGAGCAACAGUUGAAUGGCAGGAGGACUCUGAUGAGACUCACGUUGAACCUCUCUAUGGGAAUUGCCUCUAUGUUGGGGAUAUCACUGAUUUGCCAAAUGCUUCGGUUGCUAUCAGCAAUUGUGAUGGGCUGGCUGGCAUGAUUCGCACAGACAAGGACGAGUUCUUCAUUGAACCUCUGGAGAAAGGGGCCCAGGAGGAGGAGGAAGGAGGAGGCAGGACACACGUGGUCUAUCGCAGAGCAGCUGCCAAGAAGCAGUUUCCUAUGGAGAGCACAGAUAUCCAGUAUAAAGAGGCUAACCUCACUAAUUUGGAUAGUCUCGGCGGUGUGUUGAGCCUUAUCGAAGACCGGGUGCAUAGUUCCAGGCGCCGCUACCGCAGGCACGCGACCGAUGAUGAUUACAACAUCGAAGUUCUGCUGGGGGUUGACGACUCAGUUGUUCAAUUCCACGGGAAAGAGCAUGUUCAGAAGUACCUGCUGACCCUGAUGAAUAUUGUUAAUGAAAUUUACCACGAUGAGUCCUUGGGUGCUCACAUUAAUGUUGUCCUGGUGAGGAUAAUCCUGCUGAGCUAUGGAAAGUCCAUGAGUCUGAUAGAGAUUGGGAACCCUUCGCAAAGUCUGGAGAAUGUGUGUCGCUGGGCCUACUUGCAACAGAAACCUGACACUGGGCAUGCAGAAUACCACGAUCAUGCUAUCUUCCUCACAAGGCAGGAUUUUGGUCCAUCUGGCAUGCAAGGUUAUGCUCCAGUCACUGGAAUGUGUCAUCCUGUUCGAAGCUGCACGCUCAACCAUGAAGAUGGUUUUUCAUCUGCAUUUGUGGUGGCCCAUGAAACUGGACAUGUGUUGGGCAUGGAGCAUGACGGCCAAGGAAACAGGUGUGGGGACGAAGUCCGCCUGGGGAGCAUCAUGGCCCCCCUCGUGCAAGCCGCAUUUCACCGCUUCCACUGGUCUCGCUGCAGCCAGCAAGAGCUGAAUCGAUACCUCCAUUCCUAUGAUUGUCUGCGUGAUGAUCCUUUCGAACAUGACUGGCCUUCCCUUCCUCAGCUGCCAGGAAUUCACUACUCCAUGAAUGAGCAGUGCCGUUUUGAUUUUGGUUUGGGCUACAUGAUGUGCACAGCUUUCCGUACGUUUGAUCCCUGCAAGCAGCUGUGGUGCAGCCAUCCCGAGAACCCCUACUUCUGCAAAACGAAAAAAGGGCCUCCACUGGAUGGGACCAUGUGCGCGCCAGGAAAGCAUUGCUUCAAAGGUCACUGCAUCUGGUUAACACCAGAUAUUUUGAAACAGGAUGGACACUGGGGAGCAUGGAGUAAGUUUGGCUCUUGUUCUCGCACCUGCGGCACAGGGGUGAAGUACAGGACGCGGCAGUGUGACAAUCCACAUCCAGCCAACGGAGGCCGCACGUGCGUGGGGCCAAGCUAUGAGUUUCAGCUUUGCAACACUCAAGAUUGUCCUAAGGACUUUGAAGAUUUCAGAGAGGAGCAGUGCAGUCAGUGGGAUCCUUACUUUGAAUAUCAGAACACAAAGCACCACUGGCUCCCCUAUGAACACAUUGAUGCUAAAGAAAGGUGUCACCUGUAUUGUGAAUCCAAAGAAACAGGUGAUGUUGUAUAUAUGAAAAGGAUGGUACAUGAUGGGACCCGCUGCUCCUACAAAGACCCUUACAGCGUCUGCGUGCGGGGAGACUGCUUGAAAGUUGGAUGCGAUAGGGUCAUAGGUUCCACAAAGCAGGAAGAUAAGUGUGGUGUUUGUGGAGGAGAUAAUUCCCACUGCAAGGUGGUGAAAGGAACAUUUUCAAGAGUACCAAAGAAACAAGGGCACGUUAAGAUGUUUGAAAUUCCUGUUGGUGCAAGACACUUACUUAUACAGGAAACAGAUGCCACCAGCCAUAAUCUCGCAAUUAAAAAUCGUGAAACGGGAAAAUUCAUUUUAAGUGAAGACAACUACGUGCCAGACUCUAAAGUAUUUAUUGACAUGGGUGUGGAGUGGGAAUAUCGGAAUGACGACGAUAGAGAAACCGUGCAGACCAUGGGGCCUUUGCGUAAUGGCAUAGUUAUUCUGGUGAUUCCUCACGGUGGUGCCAAGAUAUCUUUGACUUACAAGUACAUGAUCCAUGAAGAUUCUUUGAAUGUAGAUAACAAUAAUGUUUUGGAAGAGGACUCGGUAUCGUAUGAAUGGGCUCUGAAAAAAUGGUCCCAGUGUUCAAAACCUUGUGGAGGAGGCUAUCAAUUCACAAAAUACGGCUGCCGGAGGAAGGCAGACCACAAGAUGGUUCAUCGGAGUUACUGCGAGUUGAUUCAAAAGCCGAAGCCCAUUCGCAGGGUGUGCAACCUUCAGGAGUGCUCCCAGCCCAUCUGGGUUACAGGAGAAUGGGAGCCUUGCAGCAAAACUUGCGGGAAAACAGGAUACCAGGUGCGAUCUGUCCGAUGUAUCCAGCCCCUGCACGAUAACACAAAUCGGUCUGUUCACACCAAGUACUGCAACAACGAUCGUCCAGAAGGCCGGAGGCCUUGCAACCGGGAGCUUUGUCCAGCACAGUGGAGAUUAGGACCCUGGUCACAGUGCUCUGUCAGCUGUGGCAAUGGCACGCAGGAUCGCCAGGUUCUGUGCCAGACCAGGGACAACGUUGCUGGCUUUUGUAGAGAAGAUAAACCAGAGAACGUAAGGAUUUGCAGACUACCUCCGUGUCCCAGAAACGUUUCUGAUCCUUCAAAGAAAACCUACAUGAUACAGUGGCUGUCGAGACCUGAUCCAGACUACCCCAUCCAGAAAAUAUCUUCAAAAGAUCAUUGUCAAGGAGACAAGUCAAUGUUUUGUCGCAUGGAAGUUCUCUCGCGUUACUGUUCGAUUCCUGGUUACAAUAAGCUGUGUUGCAAGUCCUGUAACAUGUACAACAACAUAACGGAGGACGACAACGUAACCGAGUCUAACAUAAAUAAGAAUAAUGUCCUUGAGGAAGAGCUCCUGACAACCCUCAGCACUCCCGUGGGAGUUUCCACCACACAAGCUGCCACCAGUCCUCCUCUCGUUUCCGAAACAAAUGCGCCUCUUUCCAAUGCAACUGAGGAGCACCCAGAAGUUAAUGCGGUGGAUGUUCCCUAUAAGAUUGACGGGCUGGAUAAUGAAGUAUCGCAGCACAACAUCAUUACCCGGAGGAGGAUACCUUAUGAAAGGACGAGGAAUCAAAGAAUUCAGGAGCUGAUUGCUGAGAAAAGGAAAAAAGAGACUCUUAGAAAAAUAAACUAGAGUGGAAAUAUGGCACAAACAACAUUUUUCUCUUAUAGAGAUGGUACCAAUAUCAUAGUACUGCCCAUGUCAUAGAGACGAAAAAUGGGGAAAAUCAAAGCGGUGCUAUGGCAGAAAUGCCAAAUUCUAAAGCCUACUCUAAAUGGGAAUGAAAGAUUGUUUCAAAAGUGCUAAUCUAAACACUUUGAUGGCUAGGUUUACAGGGUACGGUAGAGUAUUAGUGCAAUAUCAUUACAGCAUUUCACUGAAUCCAAACAAACUGUAAUACCUAGGCCAGGUUAGCAGGUUUCUAGUUUAUGGGCUCUUCUAAUUCUUCUAUGCCUGUGUAAAACUGCUUGGGAAUAGUACUGGGUGUUACAUUUAGGAUGGAGGAAAACAGUCCCAAGACGAAAUCAAUCCCCUUAACCGUGACAAGCAGGUGGUCAGCCCUCCUGUGAUGCUCCUGUGCAUUGCACAAACCCGGGCACUAACUCAGCCCUGGUUCAGGAAGGUGCUGAAGGACAUGCCAGGCUACAUGCCUCAGUAGAGCUGCUCGCGUGGCUAGGGCUAGGCAUGUGCUUACGUAGCUUUCUUACCCAGGUCUGCAUAAGGAAAUAUUUAGAAAAUUAUGUAGCCAUAUAUUUAUGUGUAAAUUAAAAAACUGACAACCAGUAGUUUGCAUAUUUCCAUAAACAAUCUCAAAGCAUUCUCCUAAACAAUCGAAUAUGUGUGGGACACUUAGUAUUAGGGUAGAUCCAGCCAACGUGGACUGACAACAUCCUAGUCUUUCUGUUUACAAGUAUCCUUAUUUUUUGAUAGUCUUUAAGCUCCUGCAAUGCAACAACCUCAGUGAUCUUGGUUGGUUGGUGCUUUUUUUUUGGGGUUUGUUUGGUUUUUCCUACCCACGUGCUGUUUAAUUUAAAAAAUGACUGGAUUCUUGUUGCCUUUUCUUUGGUGCUUUGUGAAGAAAGCGUUGUUUUUUGUUUUUUUUUUUUUCCUCCUGUAGUUCAAGGUUAUUUUGGAGGAAAUUGUUUCAUAUUAUCUUCCUUUCCUUAGGAGAGCUUUAUCAGUGCAAAAGUGAGCAGUUGUUCACUGUGCACCUACACAUAGACACACACACACACACACACACACAGAGACACACGCGCAUACUCACGGUACCAGGUCUGCUAGAAACUUAAAGAUGUGUAACCCGACAACCCUUUGAGUACGCUGUUUCCCCUCAGGGUCACCAUGAUUUUCAUAGAUAAUUUUGCAUUCCUGGUUGGAGAUUGGGAGACAAAUUCAGAUUGGCUCUUCUGCUUCAGGGUCGAUCUGUGUUCGAGGUUUGGGAGUGUCAGGAAGAUCCUGCCUUCCAGUAUUUGGUACCAGCAUUAUUUCAAAUAUUUCAAUCUGAGUGCAAGAACAUCUCAUUCUCCAGCCUUUUCGUUAGCCUGAGCUGUUCUUCAUUUGAAGCAGAGCCAAUUAUGAGCGUAUAUCAUCACAAGAUUGUUGGAUAGGUGCUAUAUUUCCAGCAACAUGUAAGCUCUUAUAUGGCACAGCUGCUGGCAAGGAGCUCCUGAAGUCUUGCAAAGCAAACCAUGUGCAGCUUCCCACUGCCAGCCUGGGCCCUGGCUUUGGCCAGCAAACGUCAUGGCUCGGUGGGCUACCCUGUUUCCACUUCAAAACAUGCCGAUUCAGCUGGAAAAGAGAAGGAGGGAGCAUGCGGGAAAAGCAGUCUUUGCAGCACUGAAAUGUCAGACGUGCUGCCUGAGCUGUGUGGCCAGAAAUCUUUGAAGGACAGGAGCCUGAUGUAACAGAAAUAACUCACGGACGUACUAGCCAAAGUAGAGAAGGAACGUGUUGAGAUGGUGUGACAACCUCAACUUGCCUUUCUUACAGAGGCGCAUGGUGAUACACUCGGAUGAGUGUUUUGGAGCAGCUCAGACAAUACAGUGAUGGGAGUUAUACUGAAGACCACGAAGAACGGGAAGCAUGACAGGAGUUAUCAAGAGAGCUAAGAAAUGUCUCCUGGGCCGAGAUCGCUCAGUCUCCAGCGGACAUGUCACCAGACGUGAGAGCAGUAGACAGUGCAAGCACCAGGGACACAUGGACACCUCCAGCCCUUCUGAGCUGACUUGGCAGGAUCUCCUGUUCCUGUUCUACACUAACCUGCUCUAACAGUUAUUGGAAGGAUGCUGCAAUGCAAAGUAAUGUGUUUUGGUUUUAAAAAGUAAAAUUAAAGCCCCACAGCAUAGCAGUAUUGAGCAGCAGGUACGUUAGGGCAGCUGCAGAGAGAAGAGCACAGCAGACUCAGAGUACAACUAGGGGGACAUUCAGCAUUUUCCCACAGGUGAAGUUUGCUUCGUUGCCCCUAUAGGAGCCUUCGCUUGCCCCCAGCCCCGUUCCGUAGGUGCCUGCUGCUACCGAACCAUGAGGCGCAGAUGAGCCCAGCACUGAUCCAGAGUGAGCAGCAGCUUCAUGCGGAGGGAUUUGCAGCUGCCUACAGUCACGACAAGUUUCAGUGACAGUGCAGGGUCAGGUCACACCUGUGUAAAACAGAGCAAUGUAGUAACGCGCACUGAAGGGUGCUAUUUGCGUGCUAUUUAUAGGUAAGUAGUGGCUAAAGCAACACCAUUCCAGCUGCUGCACAUAAAAAUCUAGCCAUGAGACCAGCAAGCUGUACUGGGGCUCACAGCAUGUGGGUACAUUGAGUAUUUCUUGCUUUCCACAUUUCCCUUGCACAGAUGUGAUUAGUGUAAAAACUCAUCUCUUCCUCUUCAGGUUAUUAUCCUGCCUUUAGGUCUAGGGACAGUAAAAAUAAACCACAACCCCAAGACUUUAAGUUGCCUAGAAGCACAUCCAAGCAUGUGAUAAACUUAAGGGGAAAAAAAACAACCAAACCCAAGGACAGAGAAGGGCUAUGGCUCAGGGUUGUGCAGGUGGCUACUAACCCCUUUAGCUCUCCUACCUUUCUGUUUCUGAUAUAUUCUGCGACUCCUCCCUGUCCCUUCGCAGGCUCCCCGAGGGCUCUCUGCUGUAGGCUCUUUACUAAACGUUUAGUCUCUCAUUCUGAUCCCGUGUUGGCUCAGGAGUUGGUAGAAGUUUGCUGCCUGGAUGGUGCCCUGUUUUACUCUCUGGAACUUGAUGGAGAUCCGCUCCUCCACCUUCAGAAGCCUGAGAUACCCCAUCUAAUAGCUUCUCUUCUUCUUUAAUAUCUGGAAUAGGCUUACCCAAGGAGGGAAUGCAAAGAAAUGCCACGUGAGAAAUGCCCACGGUUGAAACACUCCUGCCUUACAAUAGGCUGGUCUCUCCAAAGGACUUUUAAGUUAGCAAGCAGGGAAGGCAAUUUUAGUGCAACUUCAAGUGACCUGUCUGCAAACACCAUGGCAAAAGGCUUGCUCUGCCUUUGCCACCCAGUCUUUAAAAGGAAUUUGGCAGUUCUGUAUAUUUCAAGCAGUGUCACACAGUGGCCAUGGCCCCGGGGCAUGUCAGAGCCCCAGCACGAGGGGUGACCCACGAGGGUUAGCUCUUGCGCAGUGUGGACACCACUGGCUGAACUUGCAAAGCUUCAACGAUGUCCGGAAACCUGUUUGUAACUGGGACACUUUGCUCUCUCUGCAGUCAGUUCUCAGUCAAACAAACCAAAAGCAUUGUGCCAGUCGAGAUGGAAACUUGUGCUGCGUGCGGCACUGGAGCAGGCUCUCAGAAAGCUGGUCUGGGGCUAGGCUCCGUACAGUGGUCAUCAGCGCCCUGGUUCAAGGCCGAACAGCAUCCGCACUUGGGGAAGACUUGCUCCUUUUUCAGUCUCACCUGUUGGAGGAUAUGAUUUGUUUUACUUUUGACUUAUUUUUCUAGCUGUUCUGAAUAUUCUUCUGAAUAUUUUUCUAGCUGUUACUUGGGGAACACUGGAAUCACAUGUGAAAGGGAAGCUUCACAUUAGACUGCUGAAGACUGAGGAGCUGGUGGGCACAGACUGGCCCGUCUCCCUGCCGCACACGGCCACCAGCUGCCUUCUCCAUACAGUCCUCCUGAGCGAGGGGAAAAAAAAAAAGUCUUUCCUCAUACCAGGAAAGCUUUUCAAGCUGAUUUCGUAUGUCAGAAGAUGUUUUUGAGAUGCUCCUCAAGAAGAUGGGUUCCUAAGACAGUAUACCAUGCCACCCUGCUGAAAACCCAGAGCAGAGCUCUACUGAUUCAGAAAAAGUAAUACAAAGCAGUGGAGGCGGGGGCUGCUCACGGCUGUGCUUUGGUCCUUCUCCUGCCAUGGAAUUUUUUUUGGUCACUUGCUAGUCAGCUGAACUUUAGACAACUGUUUCCUCUUUCGUACAGUGCUGUAAUUGGGCAAAAGCAUCGUCGUCGUUUGCCUUCUUUAACCAUUAUGCUGUUGCCCAGGUACUGCAUUUUGAGACAUAAUGAGCAGAGAGUCGUAUUUUAAUUUAACUUAGUUUCCAAAAGCUAAAGAAAGCAGAUUUAUAAGCAAAUCGAUUUAAAUUCCUGCAGACACUGCUUAAUCUGAGAGCUACAGCAAUGUAGUCCCAUUGAGCAAUGCAUUUUCUGAUAUAUGCUCAUCCAACCGUACAACUACACAGCUUUCUAAAUUAGCAUUUUUCUAUUUGUCUAAGCUUAAAAUCCAGGUGUCAGCCCCUCACAAAAAAAAAAAGAAAAAAGAAAAAAAUCCCAAACCAAUUCUGUUAUUUCUUUUGGCUCCAAUCUACUUCUAUUUUUUUUCAGUCACAUUCCUUUAAAAAAUUCUGUAAUCUCUUAUGAAUGCAUCACUUUUUCUAUUAACAUAUCCAUUCAAUAUUUAGAGUCUCACAGUAGCUACAUAGAUGCUUUCAGGUAUUUUGAGAAUUCUAUAAAUGGUGCUUUACCAGUACUCAAAGGGUUUUAUGUUUUAUUUUAUUAUGUAAUGCAUUUUAUAUCUUAUUUACUCACCUACAAUGCACAGUAUUAGCUAUGUUCAUCUGAAUAUCUAUAUGUGACUUCCAUUCACUUACAUAUGCCUUAACAGAAAUUGCA